AUGCUAAUAGAAGGCUUUUGUAGGGGUUGUUUGAUUCAAUACAAUGAACCAGCCGAGUUGUUACAGUACACUGAGAAAAAUAGAAGGUUAUUUGUGUAUUCUACUGGUAUACAGGUUAAGCGCAAUGAUUUAUUUACAUUUCAGUUGUGUAAAAACUGUUAUUUCAAUAUGAAAAUAGGAUGUAAAUUUAAAAAAAUGUGCAGAAAUUCUGACAGAAAAUUCAAAAACUAUCAGGCAUUAAAAGAAGCUGGUGAAAAUGUCGAUUUUUACGCUUAUGUUAAGAAUAUUGAUAAUGAUGACUCUCUAAUGUUUAGGCUACCUAUGCUGGGUUAUAGCACACCAAGCAACAAACCCAAGGACGAUGAUAAUGAAUCAACAUGUACAAGUAUACAAAACUUUAUAAGUGACAUUAUGGCAUCGGAAGAAAUACCUGCCACGGAGGCUCGCAUCAUACGAGAGGUGAUAGAAGAAGAGGCAGAUGUCUUAGAUGACUCUUUAGACUCCCACUGGCUUCAAGAUGAUGUUUCAAUUGAUUCAAAUUUUAAGCUAGAUUUUAGUUUCAGUCCCUUUUCAACACCUAAGUAUGUAAAUAAUGAACAAUGUUACACACCAAAGAAACUACAGGAUGAAACUUCCCAUUAUGACGAUCCACAGAAGUGUUUUAAAAGUGAAGUUAAAGAUAAGAAUGUCGAGGAAGUUGUCGAAAAUUUGCUUGUACAAAAUGUAGAUGAGACUGGGCAAACAUGUACAAUAGACAAAAAUUUAGAAAAUGCCUUACAAAAUGAGGGAAACAAAAAUGUCUUUUUAGAAGAUCUACUCGUAACGCCUCCUUUAUAUCCAAAUGUAUCAGGACCACCAACACCUCUAAUAACAAACAUAUUGUUUGGCGAUAAAUUAGAUAGUGACUCAGACGAUUCAAGUAUGCAUAAAGUGGGGCAAUGCAUUGAAAAAUUUGAAACUGUGCAAGGUGAUACAGAUAUUUUCGAAGAAUUUUUCACAAAAACCACAAAAGAUUUUACGAUAGAAAUAAAAGAAAUUAAGGAAAAUGAAGAACCCGAAUUGAGGGAAGAAUUAGUAAAGAAUGUAAACAAUGAAAAUGAACAUAAUAUAACAAAUAUAACAGAAAACAAGAAUAGUGUAAAAGACGCUUCAUCAGUUGAAAAAUUAUUAAACAUUACAAAUUUUUACUGUAAAAUGUGUGAUAAAAAAUUUAAAAAUCUUGUUGGGCUGAAAGUGCAUUGUAUGAGAAUGCACAAAUUAAAAAUUGAACGGAAAAAUCCAUAUACGCGCAAAAUUCGAAUAUGCGACCAUUGUGGAAAAUCAUAUAUUAACAUAGCAGAUUUUCUGAAACAUAUCGCAAAUCACAAUAAACCUCAAACCCGACAUGUAUGUAAAAAUUGCUCAUUAGAAUUUAGCUCCGAAUCUAAACUUAAGGUGCAUAUGUCGACACAUAAUAUGAAAUUGCACCCGGAACCUGCUGACCCUAGCAAAAAGAAAUUCGUCUGCUCGAUAUGUGGCUUCGCAAAUUCUUCGAUCGCUAAUUUACAAGCACAUGAAAGGCGACAUUCGCAAAGCUAUUCAUUCCAUUGUGAAGAAUGUGGGAAAGGGUUCUACAGGAAGACUGAUCUAACUACGCAUUUGCGGCAUCACACCGGUGAGAAACCAUUUCAAUGUAAAUAUUGCUCGCAUCGUUUUGCGAGACGGGAUGUCCUCAGUGCACAUAUGAAAUCUCAUACCGAUCAAAAACCAUUUCAAUGUCAAUAUUGUGAACAACGUUACGCGAAGAGAUAUGAAUUUAAAAUGCAUUUUCAAAAUGUUAAAACAUGUAUAGAAAAGCGUAAUAAGUUGGUAUUAGAAGGAAAGGUAACUGCCAAUAGUGUGUCGGUAUAUUACGCGAGCGUAGUAGGUACAGGUAUAUUAUUAGAUGAUUUGCUAAAUGAAUCAAAUGUACAAACUUAA